UCCGAGCCCCCUUUAAAUACAGGCAGCUCGUAGCGCUAGCAUUCUCGCAUAUUAGACACUUGAUUCACCAUGAAGCUUCUCUUGGCUGUCCUUCUAUGCGCAGUGGUCUACACGGAAUGUCACUACCAAACUUGCCACGAAUGGACAAAGCUUAGUGAAAGUCGCGUCUGUUUUCAAGGCCAAGGUGGUAAGUUUGGCAAGAUUGUACCCGCCGCUCGUGGCUUCCUGGCCGCUGUAAAGCUGGUCCACAGAGAAGGCAGUAUUGUAUGUGGCUCUCAUCCGGGAUCUCACACCAGCAACUGGGGUUGUCACAAUUGGCCUCACUUAGAGAAGUUCUCGAUCAACAUGCUCAUAACCAACAAGGACAACCACGUUAUCUUCCCAAAAACAGGAGUGCACUUUUUACCCAAGAACCCUGGUCGCUGGUACGGUAUGGAUGGAUUCAACUCACGGUCCAAGGAACUGGUGCUGACCUAUAGCUUCAGUGACCCCUAUUUUGUCGGCCCCGAGUCGGAGCUCCGCCUGUGGUAUGCAGAAGACCUGUUCAACCAAUGGGAAGCCGACAACAGAGGAACCGUCUGCGCCGAUGUUUAUGGUUACUUCUUGUAAAGUACCUCGAGGAUAAUAAAGGUUCAAUAAAGGCAACGUAAUA